UCUCCGCUACCGCGGCUUCGCGGUCUCCUUCAGCGCUGCUGGAGGCGGCUGGAGCGCGGCCUCUUGCCGGGUUUCUCCGGGGGCCAGAGCCCACCCUGGGGACCAGCACUUGCUGUCCAAGCUCCAGCUUUUCUUCCACAACCAGUAAACGAUACUAGGGAAAGUAAUGAGGCGCCAAGCCUGUUAGAGAGCAUCUCGUGGAUGGCGGCGCCAAAGAAAAGGCGCACCAUUGAAGUGAACCGCUGCAGGCGAAGAAAUCCCAAUAAGCUUAUAAAAGUAAAGAGGAACAUAGAUGUUUGUCCUGAGUGUGGAAACUUGAAACAGAAACACGUCCUUUGUGGCUAUUGUUAUGCAAAGGUCAAAGCAGAAACUCGGCUGAUACGGAUGGAAAUACAUAAAAAGGAAGGAGGACCAUUUAAUGCUCCAACUGUAGAGACUGUCAUCCUUUAUGAUGGAGAAAAGCCCACAGAAAAAGAUGAAGGCAAGCGGAUCAUUGAAAGAGCCAGAAAGCGUCCGUCUUGGUUUGUUCAAAAUUGA